GCGCAGUGGAUCCUGGGACGGGAGGAAGGAGGAGAAUUCCCGUCUUAGAGUUGGGCCGCUGCCGCCAUCUUGUCUUGCUGCUGCCGCUGCUGGGCCUCGGGCCUGCUGUGUGAAGGGGCCCGCGAGGUGGACGUGUGCGCCCAGCGGCCCCGCGUGGAUGCUGGGGGUGCCUUUGGGGCCGCGCUGAGGACCGCGACACCGGCGUUUGCUGAGGCGCUCGGGAUGGGCCGCUCCCGCUCGCGGAGUUCGUCCCACUCCAAGCGCGUCAAGAGCUCCAAGCACAACAAGAAGAACCGGAGCCGCUCUCGGUCCCGUUCGCGGGAGAAGGAGCGGGCCCGCAAGCGCUCCAAGUCGCGGGAGAGCAAGCGGAGCCGGCGGCGGGAGUCCCGCUCCAGGUCCCGUUCCAACACCGCGCCGUCCCGCCGCGACCGCGACCGGGACCGCGCCUCCUCCCCGCCCGACCGCAUCGACAUCUUCGGCCGAACGGUCAGCAAGCGAAGCAGCCUCGAUGAGAAGCAGAAGCGGGAGGAGGAGGAAAAGAAGGCCGAGUUCGAGCGGCAGCGGAAAAUUCGGCAACAAGAAAUAGAAGAAAAACUUAUUGAAGAAGAGACAGCCAGAAGAGUGGAGGAGCUUGUAGCAAAGCGAGUGGAAGAAGAACUGGAGAAGCGGAAAGAUGAAAUUGAGCGGGAAGUUCUCCGCAGGGUGGAGGAGGCUAAGCGCAUCAUGGAAAAACAGUUGCUCGAAGAACUCGAGCGACAGCGACAAGCUGAACUUGCUGCACAAAAGGCCAGAGAGGAGGAAGAGCGUGCAAAGCGUGAGGAACUUGAACGAAUACUAGAAGAGAAUAAUCGAAAAAUUGCAGAAGCACAAGCUAAAUUGGCUGAAGAACAAUUGAAAAUUGUUGAAGAACAAAGAAAAAUUCAUGAGGAAAGGAUGAAACUAGAACAAGAAAGACAACGUCAACAAAAGGAAGAGCAAAAAAUGAUCCUAGGCAAGGGAAAAACUAGGCCAAAACUGUCAUUCUCACUAAAGACUCAGGAUUAAAUUUCAGCUCCGAACUCUAAUGGAAAAUGGGAAAAAAAAUCUUUGUAUAGUAGCUUCAUGUUGAAGUGUUUUUUUUUUAUUUUCUUUGGUGAUUUUUUUUUCUUUUUGGACAUCUGAAAAGUUAGCUUGUUCUAAUAGGGGCUGUGCUCUGCAUCUCUUAUUUUAACGUCUGUUAAGUUAAAUCCUUAUCAGAUCAUUGUUGUCUUAAAGAAUAAAUCUAUUCUCGUCUCUUUUGAUUCUGUGAUAAAGUGGUUUGAUGCAGAUCAGAUCACUUUAUGAAUUAUGUAUGGUCUGAUAAGGUUUUUACUACCCGCUGAUCUCAGAGUUAUACUCUGAUGCUAACUAUUAAUGCUGGUUUUAUUUUGCUGACUUUAAAAAAAGGUUUGGCAAACAUAUUGGUAAAUUCCCACAGUGUACUGGAUCCUCAGUGGUUUGUUAUACUAGUGUCUUUUGAUACUAUUCCACUAUUGUGCUUGAUGUUCCUGAUACAGGUAAGGAAAAAGUUGGUCAGUGUUGCUGGAGAUGUGUAAAGGGAGUUCAGUAUUGUCUCUACUAGAAUUGUUUUUAUUCCACUGAUAAAACUCAACCAGCAUUCCCAAUUGUGUAAAUAAACCAAUUUGCUGAAUAAAGUGAAAUCUUAAAUUCAUAUGUUUUAAGUAAAUUUUUUAGUGCAUGUAUAUUUAUGAUAAUAAAACUUGUUUUUCCCAAA